AUGGUGAACAUAAAUAAUCGUGGUACAGAAGUGAUCAUUGAUGAAAAUGAGAUAGACAAAAUCUCUGAUUUGCCCAUUGAUAUCCUCAAUGAAAUAUUCAAGGACAUGUCAUUUCGAGAAUUGGUAAAAUUGUACAUCUUGUCGAAGAAGUGGAAACAUUUCUGGGCUAUGCAUCCAAUUCUAGUUCUAGAUGGAGAGUUCUUCAAAGAGAUAACUGGUAAUAUAGGAUUGACUAAAGAUGGUUUUAGUGUCCUGGUUGACAAUAUUCUCUUUAGACAUGUUGGAUCAAUAGUGAAGUUUUUUCUUGAUUUGUCAACUAUCUGUUAUACUGAUGAUAGGGACCUUGGCCAUUGGUUGUUAUGCGUUUUCAAUAUCUUGAGUGAAAGAAGCGUAGGUGAAGUUACACAUUAUUUGGAAGAUCCAAAUUGUGUUGUCAAACAAUUUGAGAAGCUUGAAUUUGUGGAACUAAGAAAGUUUGAGGGGACACAAUUUGAACUUUAUUUCGUAAAGAAAAUAUUGGCAUAUUCCCCUUCACUUUCAAGGAUGAUUGUUGAACCUUCUGAUGAUAUUGAUGUAGCAGAGGUACUGCGUUUGUAUGAAGAACUUAUGAUGUCCUUAAAAGCAUCACCAAGGGUAAAAGUCAUUGUGACACCUCAUGGUCAAGUUGCGUAA